AUGACAUCAGUAAACCGAGCAGCCUGGAUCCCCGGGAAAAAGGUCCUAUCAUACAAAGACGGCGACUCCCGCCAUAGCUCUGGCCAGGUCGUAAUCAAAAACACUGCCGUGGCCAUCAAGCCUUUCGACUGGGUGUUACAGUACGCCAGCCCAGCACUUGCCGGUUAUAUCAAGAAUUCAUUCAUCUUCAGCGCCGAUGUUGCCGGUGAAGUCGUCGAGGUCGGCCCCGACGUGGAGCGUUUCCGAGUAGGCGACCAAGUCUGCGGUAGUACUGCAGCCAUUGCAAAAAGAGGUCAACCGUCCGGCCGAGGGAGCUUUCCAGCUCUAUACGGUAAUGAGACAGAACAUUUUGACGCCGAUGAACAGGCCAGUAUAUUGGGACUGGGUCUUGGAACUGCCGCAUACAGCCUCUUCCACCCGGAUUAUCUGGGUCUCGACAUGCCUCAGAUCCCAGCACCUACUAAAGCUGUAGAGAAGUCAGGCUUGUCACGCACUGUUAUCAUCACUGGUCCCAUGUCCAGGCGCGAAUGCGGAAUUCCUUUAUUAUCUUUUCGCAUCGGUAAACUUGAUAUAGUGCAUUGA